CAUUCAUAGAUCUCCAAGUAAGCCGAUGAACUCAGCUACUAGCUGUUGUUGAGCUUGGGGGCCAUAUUUACGGCAGUGGUUCCAUAUCAGCUCCAGAUACAGCGGGGCCCCGCUCUCUCUUGGCCUUCAAUUUCUUUCGUAUUGCUUUCGUUAAUCCAAGACAGCCCAACUGGCUCAGCACAUUUUCGAUGAGCAAGUCGAGCGGUUGGGAGGCUUGGGAACAAGCACUCAAGGUGAAAGGGUGCCCUCCGUCUUGUUGGGUCCGGAACCUCUCGAUACCCGAUGAACCAGGGCAUAUCUUGCCCAAUAUUCAGGGAACCUUACCUUCAGUCGAGGAGAGGGUUCGAGAGGCGGCCGCUGCAAAGUUAUACCGAAAUAUCAGACCAUGGCAAACUCGAAUUCUUCGUAUCGAUCCCGCGACUCAUUUUGAUGCGCCGGUCCUCUGCACCCUCUUAGUUGCAGAUGUCAUCGCCUAUGAGGGUUUAGGCAUAGUCGAGGAAGACGGCCCUAACGAGAUUCCAUAUGAAGCACUUUCGUACACGUGGGGUGCGCCGGUUUUUUCGCUUCCGAUUCAAAUAAAUGGUAUCGAGUUCUUCAUUACUGAAAAUCUCGACUCUGCUCUGCGUCACCUACGUUUACCUGACUCUAGACGUUAUCUGUGGGUCGAUGCGCUAUGUAUCAAUCAGUUUGACAAUAGGGAGAAAUCUGUACAAGUUGGACGGAUGUUUUCAAUCUACAAAAAGGCUGGAAGGGUAGUUGCAUGGAAUUCUGGAUGGUCAGCAAAUAAGAGUACCGUCUUGUCUACGGUUCUCGCAAACUUGUCGCACAGCCAAAAGCACAGCGACGACUGCCUCGCCCGUUUUAAGAGAUUAUAUCUGUUCCUCUCUAAGGCGUGCGAGCCUCCUUUAUUCAAGCGAACCUGGGUGAGACAGGAGGCCUUCGCCGCUAGAAAUAUCGUGAUGCAAUUUAGCGGUCUCCAGAUAUCGUGGGGAGAUUAUGAACGCAUCAGGGACUUCAUUGCGCUACUUAAACAGACGGCGGGCGUGAAACCUGAAUCUUCCUUCCUGGAUUUCACCGAUGCCAUCUAUUUGAAAUCCCCUUUCAACGCGAUUAUGACGUUGGUUCAACCAGACUACGAGAACGAUCGCAAACAACGCAAGGAACAUUACCGAGCUGCGGUGAAUGCUCCCGUCUCACUUCUGGACGCGUUGGUAUUUUCGUCGUCUUUCGGUGUGACCGACCCCCGUGAUUUGGUCUAUGGCAUACUCGGUUUCACAACGGUCCCUGUAUCGCACAUAGGUAUGGAUAUGAAUCAACCCACACUAGAGGUUGACUAUAACCGUUCUGUGUCCGAGGUAUAUCAAGACGUUGCCAAAUAUGAGAUCACCCGAACGGAGUCAUUGGACAUCCUUGACUUCUCGGCGUCCCGUCCGGCUCCAACCGAUAUCCCUUCCUGGACUCCUGAUUGGAGGGUCUAUGAUCCUAAACUUGCGCAGCAUCGUGUAUUGAAUAAGACGAACUCCUGGAAGUACGGAUUUAUCGACGUUGAUAGAAUUGGUGCAUCAUGGAAACCAAUACAACAGCCACCUGAUGCUAAUGGGAUCUUAUCGACGAAAGGCAUUGUUCUCGGCAUACUCCACGAGAACAUUGACGAAGCUACAGCUUGGAAGCCAUAUAUAUCCCCAAGUUUUGAUUCUGGAUUUAAGGAGAGAUUUGGAGGUAGAAGCUUCGACGACACGACACUCUUCCCAGGAGUAAGCCGAGAUUAUAAGGCAACGUUUGACGAAAUGUUCAAAGAUGGGAAUCUACCCCUUUAUGAAGGGAAAGUCGCUGGAGUGAGCAUGACCAAAGCCGGGAAACGGCUUAUGACUCUGGUUCAAAAUGCAAUGCUCGACAAAAUCGAACAUGACCUUCGAGAUAGAGUGAUCACGCCACCGGAACCUAUUCGAGGGAACCAUACUAUAGGGUGUGCGUCAUCAGAUAUCUCUCUAGCACCCAAGGGGUUUCAAGGAAACGACAUCGUCGUCCUAUUCCAGGGAUCUCAGUGUCCCUUUGUCUUGAGGCGGUCCAGCCAGGGGAGACACACCUUAAUAGGAAGAGCAAUAUUUCCUUUUUGGUUUGAGCAUAAGUCGUCGUCUUUUGAUGAUCUUCGUUUUGAGGAAUUGGCCUGGAGUAGCCCCAAGGACAUCUUUACACAGACGUCUAACAUAUUGAAAAGCAGACUCAAAUGGCCGGAGAAGAUGAGUUCCGUUUGGAAACCCGUGCUGCAAGAUGCCAAGUUCCUCAAUUCGCUGGAGGACUUCCAGUUAGUUUGAACCUAGAAUAACCGAGACUUCUUGACGGACACCUAUUGGCUCCAGCGGGAUAAGUCGAAGGCUAAGUGAAUUGCAUUAGUGUCAAGAGAAGUAACUAGUCCGGUAUCGGUAAUGUUUUGCUUCCAAGACUUUGGAGAUCGGAGAUCCUGCUGCGCUAUUGCAUAAAGAAGCGAUAAUAGGGAAGCUCGGGACUCGUCUCCACAUUGAUACGUAGCAUACCUACGAUAUCACAACUGACUCAGACAACAGCGUACCUUCGCCUCUAUCGGGAAACGAAGCCUAGAAAUUGCUUAGUACGUCAUGUUUAAUUCAAUGUAACUUCGGCUUCGGGCUCAGUUAUUCAACACAUGAAACUGUAGCCUUCAUCGAUUGAUCCAGGAGACUCACAUGCUGAUAUAGUUCGUUUUCCUAGCUAACAAAGCUAGAUAAUCUAGCAGCUGUCCAUAUCCACAUAUUGUAAUAUAUCGGGUUCCUAUUUCAUCUCAGUAUGGGUGCCUUCUUCGAAACUAUCCCAACGUAUGUAAUAUACCGAGAGUUCUUCUGUUUCCUUGGCUUUUGAAGGGGUCGGAACUUCUCAAUUGAACGGGUGGAAAAACCACCACUCCUGUG